AUGACUUCUCAAUCCGGGCUGGAUGUUCUCCGCACGAGAACCAUUGUUGACUGUGAUACUAUGGAUGAACAGGGUGCUUCCUCGUUGAAUCCGGUUGCUAAAAAGCUGGGCCCAUUCCAGGACUGCACUUCCAACCAAGCGAUCGCAUAUGGCGAACUCAGCAAACCAGAGCAUGCUGGUUUAAUUUCUGCCUCGGUCACAGACGCAAAGGCCCUUCUCUACAGAUUUCCAGGCUUAGGUGUUGAAGAGUUGGCAGUUGAGAUAGCGAUGGUCAAAUUAGCGUUGAAAAUCGCUCCUCAUAUUCGUGGACACGUUCAUAUCCAGACGAAUCCGUACUACUCUUACUCGACCGAGAAGACCAUUGUAAACGCUCUGAGGAUUGUACAGCUCUUCCAGCACUUCCAGCCAGGAUUCGAGCAAUCUCGAAUCUGCAUCAAAGUUCCCAGCACAUGGGAAGGCAUGGUGGCCUGUCGAACCCUCGAACAGGCUGGCGUCCGAACUCUGGCCACCACACUCUUCACCAUGGCACAGGCCGUUUUGGCCGCCGAAGUAGGAUGCACCUAUGUUGCACCCUAUGUCAAUCAAUUGAAGGUCCACUUCGAGCCAGGGUUCGCCGACCCGAACAAACUGCUUCCUCUCUGUGUCUUGAUUCAGAAAUACUACGAGUCCGUCCAAGCUAAGACACAUGUUCUGCCCGCCAGUUUGACCUCGACGAAUGAGAUUUUUGCCCUCGCUGGCGUGCAGCAUAUUACUAUUGCUCCGGGACUCCUGGAGGAGCUCUCGCAAUCGAGCUCUGUCCCCAGUGUGCAGUCUUUAUUCGACACGAAUGUCCCGGCCAUUACUCCCACAUCUAACCUGUCAUAUGUGAAUGACGAGUCGGCUUACCGGCUUGCGUUCACUCGGGACUUGCAUGGAGCAAGCGAGGAGAAGCUCACUCAGGCUAUGAAUAUCUUCUGCGACAUGCAAGAUAGGUUAGUGCAAGUUAUGAAAGCAAAUAUUUAG